AUGUCUCAAAACAUUAAAAUAAUACCUGGGGCUACUGUAUGUGAGGACUGUACUUUAGAGGGAGAUAUAACUAUUGGUGCAGGUACAGUCAUCCAUCCACGAGUGACUAUCAUUGCUGAAGGCGGACCUAUUAUAAUAGCAGAAUAUUGUAUUAUUGAAGAAUAUUCGACGAUUAUUCAUAAGAAAAGUGACAAACAAGAAAAUCCACCAAAACCUCUAUUUAUUGGUGCUCACAAUGUUUUUGAAGUUGGUUGCAAAUUAGAAUCACCCUUUGGACACAUUGGUGAGAGUAAUGUAUUUGAGUGCAGAUCUUUUGUUGGUAUGAAUGUCAAAAUUGGCAGUGGAUGUGUAAUUGGUGCAGCAUGCCAAUUAACAGUCCCUCAAACAUUACCUGAUAACACAGUGAUUUGGGGUUCUGAGCAUCACAAUAGAGAAGCGUUAGAAAAACAACCCUCUCAACUACUUCAAUUGGAUUUUCUUAGUAAAGUAAUGCCUAAUUAUCAUAGACUGAGAAAACCUAAUGUACACAAACGGCAACCUUCAAGACAAUCUCAAGAAGUUACAAAA